ACAGUAGCUUAUCAAAACCUCAAACCAGACCCAAGAGCCUCAAAGCUCCUCUUCCUCUCCUAGCUAUCACUCUUCCUCCUCUCCUUGUUUUUUGGUUUCUCUAAAAAUGUCUUUGCUCACUGAUCUUAUCAACCUCAACCUCUCCGAUAUCACUGAUAAAAUUAUCGCUGAGUACAUAUGGGUUGGAGGAUCUGGUAUGGAUGUUAGAAGUAAAGCCAGGACUCUUCCUGGACCAGUAAGUGAUCCUUCAAAACUACCGAAAUGGAACUAUGAUGGUUCUAGCACUGGCCAAGCUCCUGGAGAAGACAGUGAAGUGAUCCUAUACCCACAAGCAAUCUUUAGGGACCCAUUCAGGAGAGGAAACAACAUCCUGGUGAUAUGUGAUGCUUACACACCAGCUGGAGAGCCAAUUCCAACCAACAAGAGGGCUAAGGCUGCAAAGAUCUUCAACCACCCUGAUGUUGUUGCUGAAGUGCCCUGGUAUGGCUUAGAGCAAGAGUACACUCUGUUGCAGAAAGAUGUACAGUGGCCAAUUGGGUGGCCUCUGGGUGGAUAUCCUGGAGCACAGGGACCUUACUACUGUGGAGCUGGUGCUGAUAAGGCCUUUGGCCGUGACAUUGUAGAUUCUCACUACAAAGCUUGUCUGUAUGCCGGCAUCGACAUCAGUGGCAUUAAUGGUGAAGUUAUGCCUGGUCAGUGGGAAUUCCAAGUUGGACCUACAGUUGGCAUAUCUGCCGGAGAUCAGUUAUGGGCAGCGCGUUACAUUUUGGAGAGGAUCACUGAGAUAGCUGGAGUGGUGGUUUCGUUUGAUCCGAAACCAAUUCCAGGUGACUGGAAUGGUGCUGGUGCUCAUACUAAUUUCAGCACCAAGUCAAUGAGAAAGGAAGGAGGCUAUGAAGUGAUCAAGAAGGCAAUUGAGAAGCUUGGAUUGAGGCACAAAGAACACAUCGCCGCUUAUGGCGAAGGCAAUGAGCGCCGCCUUACCGGAAAACAUGAAACAGCAGAUAUCGACACAUUCAUAUGGGGUGUGGCGAACCGCGGAGCUUCGAUAAGAGUUGGGAGGGACACUGAGAAAGAAGGAAAGGGAUAUUUUGAGGACCGGAGGCCAGCUUCUAACAUGGAUCCAUAUGUUGUCACCUCCAUGAUUGCUGAAACUACACUGCUCUGGAAACCAUAGAAGAAUUAACAAUACCAACUCAUGAUCAUUGUUAGUGUGGCAAUAACUUGUCUGUCCUCUCUACCUAGUAGUUGAUCAUUAUCAUGCUUCUGGAUUUAUGUUUCUACUUAUUAUUAAGAUAUCAAGGGUCUGAAUAAAUUGUAUCACUGCCUUAGUACUAAGUAGCAGUCUCAGCCCUGUAAAGCAGAGUAGCUCUGCAUUAAUAGUAGAGUGAGUUCUGUUUCAGUAACAGAGUAACCCUUCGUUAGGGUUGAAGAAAGUAUGUGGCAUCGAAUAACUUCAAUACAUUCAUGAGAGU